AUGAUGCCUCUUCCUCGACGGAAUGGGCGCACGCAAUCCUGUCAACAAAGGGAAUCAAGAAGUGGAACCAGAGAGGAGAGUUUUGGUAUACUUGCCAAACCUCUCAACGAUGUAAGCCUUCUUCUCGGAGACAAUAUAGAUACCCCAGUUGAUAGGAGCCCUGAUCUCAUGCGUCCGCCAAGGGUUGUGGCUACUCCAAAAGUGGCGGACAGAGUCGGAACCGUAAAAGGCAAAUACCGAGGCGGCAGCAACGAAGAUUGCUUCUUCCGAUCAAUAUCAUUGCGAAACAAGAUGUUGAAAGCGCUCUACAACGACUACAAUCGCACACCAAUUGAGCAACCUGGUGUGGGUUUUUCAGAGAACUCAGUCUCUCAAAGGAAGUAUUCCUCCUCCACAUCAUGUUCUUCAUCAUCUUUCUCUUUGGGAAAAUUGAAAGAACAAAAGAUCCUAAUAACGAAAAGAGAUUGCUUUGGUUUUAUGGAGGUUUAG